AUGAAGAUUGAAAUAGAGAGCAAGAAGCUGGUCAAACCCUCAGCUCCCACAGCUGACCACCUUCGCAAGUUGAAGAUUUCUCUAAUUGAUCAGCUUCAGCCUCCAGUUUAUGUUGGUAUCAUUUUCUUCUACUCAUCCAAAACUGAUGUACCCGACCCUUCAUUCGUGCCUAUCAGCGAAAGAUUUCGUCUACUUGAGAAAGCUCUCGCAGAAACCCUAACCUUCUUUUACCCUCUUGCGGGCCGAUAUGUCAAAGAGAAGUGCUUGCUUGAAUGUGACGACCAAGGGGUGGAGCUCAUGGAAGCCAAAGCUGAUGGAACUCUCGAUCAAUUUCUCCAUAGAGAAACUAACCCCGAUGAUGUCCUCGGUCAUUUGGCAACUCAACCUCAUCAGAUGGACCAGAUUGGGUCGCCUCUGGUGGUUGUCCAAAUGACCAAAUUCACUUGUGGUGGCAUGGCGGUUGGCCUCCGCGUCUCGCACAGAAUCGCUGACAUGCACACUAUAUCAUCCUUCCUGAGCAUGUGGGCGAUGGCAUGUCGUGGAGCAUUCAGACCGCUAACCAUCCGUGCUUCGAUGUAUCAUCCAUUUUACCACCAAGAGACUUGCCCAAGCUCGAGCCUCCUGCCAAACUAA